CUGAAACCGCACUCCCUGGCCUCCCCUAAUGAUCCUCUAGUGGACGGUUUCUGUCCGGCGAGGCUGACGGUCGUGCCGUCCCAUCGAGGAUGUUCUUCUGAUAAAGACUGCCCUGGAGGACACAAAUGCUGUCGAUUUGACUGUGGGCCUGUUUGCGUGCUGCCUGUUUUCAUGAAGCCGGGUCAAUGUCCCAUACCGGAGAUGAUUCCACUGUGUGCUAAAAGCUGUUUCCAUGAUGGCCAGUGUCCUGCCACACAGAAAUGUUGCCCAACCACCGCUGGCUUUGCAUGCAGUGAACCACAUGGUCAGGCAAGUUGCCAGGGCAGCGGCCAGGGCCAGGGUAGCGGUCAGGGAAGCGGCCAGGGUAGCGGUCAGGGCCAGGGCCAGGGCAGCGGUGAGGGUAGCGGCCAGGAUAGCGGCCAGGGCCAGGGCAGCGGCCAGGGCCAUGGAAGCGGUCAGGGAAGUGGUUAUGGCCAGGGCAGCGGCCAGGGAAGCGGUCAGGGAAGCGGCCAGGGCCAGGGCAGCGGCCAGGGAAGCGGCCAGGGAAGCGGCCAGGGCCAGGGAAGCGGUCAUGGAAGUGGUCAGGGCCAGGGCAGAGGCCAGGGAAGCGGUCAGGGAAGUGGCCAGGGUCAGGGAAGU